AUGGUAUAUAGCUUCACACUUCCUACCACCUCGCCGCUGUCCUUCCAGACAUUCAUUUCGUCUUCCACACAUCCCUCUCUCCCGCAAUCCGCGUCCACCGCCCGCCAUGCCCUCCGUCUCACCUUGAAAGCGCAUAAGCGCCUCCCCGACGGCCCCCGCCAGGAUGCCCACCUCCCAACUGUCCUAUCCGCCCUCAACGAAUAUAUACCUUACCUAUUUGCUAUCUCGCACGGCCUGAGAGGUCAGUCCGUUCGGAAUGAUACCCAUGCAGAGGAAAUCGACAUCACAGUGCGCGCCGAGAUCGAGUCCGAGUGGAAACCCACCUUGUCAGCUAGCAGUGCAAUCAACAUCCGGCCAAAUGCGACAACCUCGGGGGCUAUCCCUGGCCGCACGCGCAGUGGCCGCAUCUCCGGUCGCGGAAUCGACUUUGAAAUCGCAUUCACGCUUACAACUUUGGGUUAUGUGCUGAGUCGACUCGCGCGCGCUGGUGUUGUUGAAUCUCUCUACGCGUCUACCACACCGACCCCCGAGCAGCGCACCGCGGCAGUCCAAACCGCAACGAAACACUUGCUUCUGGCAAGCUCUGUACAUGGUCUCCUUGCAACAUCCCCCCUUUUCACCGCGGCCACGGCAUCUGCGAUCCCGGAUCUCAACGCAUCUACACAGUCUGCGCUUUCCUCGUUGGCAUUGGCCGAAGCUACUCUGCUAGCAGUACUGAAGGACGAUGCGCAUGUCGCGGCUUGUAUUCAGGCUCGCAAUCCGAAUGAUCGGGAAUGGAUGGUUCGCGCCCGGAGAUCCCCAAAGUGCGUGCCUUACUUUUCGCCCGACUCUGCGUUCGCGCGGCAGACCCGGGUGGAGGAAGAUGUGACUCGUUAUGCUGGGGCAUUGGGUCGUGUAGCUCGUGCGCGGGCUUGUCGAUUCUUUGGCGUGGAUGCCGAGCUCGCUGGGAAGACCGGCGAAGGUAUUGCAUGGCUAAAGGCUGCGAGAUCAGCUCUUGGACUACGCGACCAGGGCUCUUCUUCUUCGACGGAUGAAGCUGGCAACGCACCUAGCAAAGGUGGGUUCUCCCGGUUAAAACGGGAGUGGACAGAGCGGCGGGAAGAACGGAAGAUUGGGAAGGAUGCCGGUGGUUCUCGCAGUGCCAAGGGAUCUUUGGAUCCUGGAGAUGAUGCGGGCCGUGGCGAAGAAGGAAAUGUGAUUGACAUGCUCGAGACAAAGUGGACGAAAAUGAAUGAUACCAUGAAUACUCAAACAAUCCUUCCAUCCGCUCCGCUAUUAGCCAACUUACCGUCAGGGCGUGACAUCCACACUCCGCCUGCACCCUAUACUCCGCCAUCCAUAGACGCUGAUCAACUUCUGCGUAUGCGAGCUCCACCGGAUGAACAUCAAAACUUGCAUUUCGCCAGCGAGGACGACAGUGAGGAGGAAUCGUCGCCCAUGCCAGGCCCACCGGGUGGCUUUCCGGAUCGAGCUCAGACUGCCUCUAAUGUAUAUUAUUGA